AUGCAUUAACGGGAAAGAAGAAGAAUAUAUUCAUUAUAAAACAGAGAACCAAUAAAUCUACCAAAAUACCAUAUAGAUGUCUCAAUGGAUAACUUACAAAAGCGAAAGAUAUCAACUAAUGAGUUACCAUAAUUGAUAUAAAACAAAAUGCAAAUGAUAAAUUACACAAAUUCUAUGCAAUUGCAACUAAAAACAAAAUAUGAGCAAUUAUCAAUGAAGAUUUUGAAGGAACCCUACAAAGCGACCAAUAGCAAAUAAAGAAUUAUUCCCAAUCAUUUAAUGUUGCAAUAAAAAAUCCAAGAUAUCACAAUAUCAGAUAGCAUCAAAAAUAAAUAGUUGGACACUGAUAAAACAAUAAUCAAGGGAAUAGUUAUGCUUCCAGCUCAGAAUGAUCAAUAGUACACAAUUCCAGUAUCAAGGUAGGGCAGUCGAGUGGUGAAGUAUGAUCAUUAUGGACUGGUGUUUGGAGGACAUUCCCAUAGAGAAAAUAUUGAGAUUCAUGCCAUUUCAUUAUUGAAUGGGUAAUGGAAAAGGAAGCAGGAGUGUUAUUAUUCGUAGAUAGAAUAAUUGAAAUAAAAAUAGAUUGCAAAUCCUAAUUUGAGAUUAGGAUGUUAUUUUAGUUUAAACAUUGAUGAAAAUAAGACAAUAUAUGCUUUUGGAGGAGAGAAAAAUACAAAUAAUAGAAAAACUACAAAUGUAAUCACCAAAAUAUGUCUAGAAGGGGAUCGAUUAGAAUGGCAAUAAUUUCAAACUUCAAUUGGGUGUCGUAGAAAUCAUAGUGGAAUUUAUACGCACAAUCAUCUCCUUGUUGUAGGAGGUAUAGAUUGUAGUGAUUUUAUCACAAAAUAUUAUAAUGAUUUCUAAUUGAUCAAUUUGUCUAAAAUGCAAUCUAGUCAAUUUCACCCGAAGUUUUAUAAAAAGUAAGUUCUUUAAAACGAUCAUCCCUUUAAAUUGGGUAUAGCCUAUCAUAGUGCAACCUUAGUGGGUAAUCCCUUUUUGAGACUGAAUUAUGAUUUCUCUUAGAUAGCAAAAAAGGAGGAAUAGGUCGAUCAAUUAUUCACGAAAGAAGGCAUAUAUAUUUUUGGAGGUAAAGAUAGCGAAGACAAUCUAUAUAGCGAGUUAUAUUAGAUGGUUAUUGACACUUACCCAAUAGUUGUUUAGAUAGUGGAGACUCUGGGUUAGAAGCCUCCUAGUCGAAGAUCCCAUAGUAUGAAUUAUGACGAGAAGAUAAGUGCGUUGUUGUUAUUUGGUGGGACAAACGAGGUUCAAUGUUUUGGAGAUUUGCAUAUAUUGCUUCUCAAGAAUUACACUUGGUAGAAAGUGCAAUUGCAGGGGUAUUUGGAGUAUCCAUUCAGAUAUGAGCAUUGUAGUGUUUUUAACGAGGAUAAGUUGAUUGUUUUUGGAGGCUUAAACCAGGAUGGAUUUUUAAUGUAUAACCCAAUUACAAUCUAAGUUAAGUUUAAAAUAAUUCAAAAGCAUAACUGA